AAAAAGAACGUUGGCGGCCGGCGGUGACGUAAAAAUACUGCGCGGUACUUCAGCACGUACACCUUCCGCGGGAGUGAAGGCUGGCCUGUCAUGGUGCAUUGCAGUUGCGUGUUUUUCAGAAAGUAUGGAAACUUCAUUGAUAACCUAAGACUCUUCACCAGGGGAGGAAGUGGUGGAAUGGGUUACCCUCGUUUAGGUGGAGAAGGUGGAAAAGGUGGUGAUGUCUGGGUUGUAGCCCAUAACAGAAUGACUUUAAAACAACUUAAAGACAAAUAUCCUCAGAAAAGGUUUGUGGCUGGAGAAGGAGCAAACAGUCAAGUUAGUGCACUGAAAGGCUUCAAAGGAAAAGACUGUGAAAUUCCUGUACCUGUCGGUAUUUCAAUAACUGAUGAAAAUGGUAAAAUUAUAGGAGAACUCAAUAAAGAGAAAGACAGAAUUUUGGUAGCCGAGGGAGGUCUUGGAGGUAAACUACUGACAAAUUUCUUACCACUGAAAGGCCAGAAGCGAAUCAUUCACCUCGAUCUAAAACUUAUAGCUGAUGUAGGACUAGUGGGAUUCCCAAAUGCUGGAAAGUCCUCUUUGUUAAGUCAGGUUUCUCAUGCAAAACCUAUAAUUGCAGAUUAUGCAUUUACCACAUUAAAGCCUGAACUUGGGAUGAUUAUGUAUAAUGACUUCAAACAGAUAUCAGUAGCUGAUCUUCCUGGUUUAAUAGAAGGAGCACAUAUGAACAAAGGAAUGGGCCACAAAUUCCUCAAGCAUGUAGAAAGGACUAAGCAACUACUUUUUGUUGUGGAUAUUUCUGGGUUUCAGCUUUCUUCCCAAACUCAGUACAGAACUGCUUUUGAAACCAUAAUACUGCUUACAAAAGAGUUAGAGUUGUACAAAGAGGAACUUCAGACAAAACCUGCACUCCUGGCAGUUAAUAAAAUGGAUUUGCCAAAUGCCCAAGAUAAAUUCCAUGUACUGAUGAAACAACUCCAGAAUCCUAAAGAUUUCCUGCAUUUAUUUGAAAAAAACAUGAUUCCAGAGAGGACUGUGGAGUUCCAACAUAUCAUCCCCAUCUCUGCAAUUACUGGAGAAGGAAUUGAUGAAUUAAAAAACUGUAUAAGAAAAUCUCUGGAUGAACAUGCUGACCAGGAAAAUGAUGCAUAUCAUAAGAAACAGUUGCUUAAUUUACAGAUUUCCAAUACAAUGUCUUAUAGCAAGCCACCAUCAAAGAAUGCUAUUACUAGUCCCAGAUAGAUAUAAUUUAAAUCUAGAUACUGAAAUUGUUUUCAUUUGAAAGCUUUUUCUCAGACAAGUAUUUUUUAGAAAGGUAGUUAUUACUAACUUCUGAUAUAUAUGCCAUCAUUCAAGAACCAUACCUCUUUAAGUUACUAUUUGCAGUUAAGUAUAGCAAUAUUAAAAGUGUAAGUGAAGCUAAAAAUGAGUGUUUAUAAUUUAUGGCCAAUCCACCUAUAUGAAAGUCCUCUGAUAUUCUUGUACUUACAAUGUCUCUAGUGAGAUUAUAUAGAUAGAUAGAUUCCCUGGAAUAUUAUUAGAAUGAGCAACUAGGUUUUGUUUAUUUUUGAGUCUGUCAUAUUCCUGGUUCUACUAAAUAUAUAAUAUUCCCUUUUUUGAUAAAACCUCAAAACCCUGAAUCUGAACAUAUGUUCAGUGAUAAUAAAGAUCACUGAUAAUAUUUAACAGAAGCCAGCAGAUAGAUGUUGGCAAUUUCAUCUUUUGGAAAUUUUUCUUUCUUUAGUAUAAGUGUUUUUCCUGCUUUGGAGCAGACUGAUGUAUAUCUCAUUUUCUUGCCUCCUAAUCUGUGUCAUUGUUUAUUUUUGUAUUUUAGUAUAGAGAAAAUAAAUAGGAAGUACAAACUUUAGACAGUAUUAUCAAAUCAUUAGUAUAUUCCUAAGAGAUUAUAAUUUCUUAAUUUCUGCCCAAGUUUCAAUAGUACUUACAAAUUGGACAUUUUCUCUUUGUGAGUUUUAUUAUAAAAUAUACACAUUUGUUGUAAAAAAAAAUUUUAACAGCUCAAAAGCAUAUAAAUUUUUAAAAAGCUCCUGUCUUUCUGCAUUAGGCCCUCAAGUCCUUCCCAGGGAAAACGACUGUCAAUAGUUUCUUAUGUUCCUACAGAAUUCUUUUAUUUCAUGUACCUUUUUACCCAAAUGAGUUCAUUAUAUGGUUCAAAAAGGUUCAAAACUUUUCCCAAGUUUUUUUUUAACAGAAUAGUAGCACGUUAAUGAGCUUUUUAAAAUUAUUCUUCAAUGCUUCUUUUAAAUUAUUAGGUAUUGUUUUGGAAUUUAAGGUUCAGAGAAAUCUUUACAUAAAUGGCUCUAAGUAUUAAAGUGAUGCCAGUAUUCUACUUAAAUUUCUUCUGAUAUGAUCAUGUGACUUUUUUCAAGCAUCACUUCACUUUUAUUCUGUUUUCUGUUUCCCACUCCCAUCUCACAUCCCAGGUCCCCAGGUCACUGGCUUUUCUUACAUGUUUUUUCUUCAUUACACAGGUAUUUAUUGAGUGUCUCCCCUGAGCCAGGCACCAUUCAGAGUGCUGCAUGUAGUGUUGAAGAGGGGAGACAGGACCUGCUGCCCUGAUAAAUCUCACAUUGAAUAGCAGAAACUGCAGGGCAUUAGAAUAGUCUGGUUCCACUUUAUAGCACAGGAGCAAGAGUGUUUGGAAUUUGAACACCUGUACUUAUCAUAGUGACUAUGUUUCAUAUUGAUGUGUUUUGCAUUUAUGACUUCAGUAUCAUUUUUCUCAUUUUUACUUAUAUUAUUUCCUAAAUAUAAAAAAGUAGCAACAUGAGGAUAGUUUCAUCAGGUGAAUUUCUGAAGUUCUGACACCAUAGUCUUUAUAUUCUGCUGUGGCAAAAGAUAGUAGUGUGUAUGGAUAAUUAAAAGGAAUUGUAUCUCAUUUGUUCUAUAAUGUCCAGGUUACUACUCUACAGCUAACUGCAGCAUUUGUUAACAUAACUCACUAUAAUGUUCCAUUAUUUGUAUUUUCUAGUUACUGAAAAUGUACUUCUAUGUACCCUUUUCUAUUGAUUGCUUUUUAUUUUAAAAGGAGUAAAUCUGGAUUUCUUUUUUAUUUUAUAAAAAUUUUUUUUUAUUUUAAAGAUUGAUUCUGAAAUAACUAUUUUAACAUCAUCUCAGAUGCCAUUUAUUUUGUUCUUAAGCAAGACUUUUUCAUUUUUACCUGUCAGAACAUAUACUUUUUAGAAUACUUCACUGUCAUAUUUCUGAAUAGCCAGGGUAUCAAUACACUAUGUGUAACAAAUUUUUACUAAGUCCAGUAGCUAGCUCACUUACUAUCAUGAAUUACAAGUUUAUACUACCAGGCACUGUCAAGUAUUAAAUAUGUUAUACCGUGAGGCUAGGUCUGUGCUCGGAAAAAAAAAAAGAGAAUACAAAAAUUCUAGAAA